GGACCACAAGGCUGUAGGCCGACGACCCUUUGACAAGAUGGCCACCCUGCUGGCCUACCUGGGCCCUCCUGAACACAAACCUGUGGCCGACACCCACUGGUCCAGCCUCAACCUCACCAGCUCCAAGUUCGAGGAGUUCAUGACCAGGCACCAGGUUCAUGAGAAGGAGGAGUUCAAAGCCUUAAAGACCCUCAACAUCUUCUACCAGGCUGGAACCUCCAAGACCGGCAACCCAGUCUUCUACUACGUGGCCCGCAGGUAGGCUUCAUC